UCUUUGAAAGCGCUUCUCAGACGGUUUUACUAAUGCAAAUACUUUAAGGAUAGCGGUGUAGCAGUUCAAUGGAUUUAAAAGCUGAGGUGUUUUUCCUCAUUGUGAAGCUUUUAGAAAACGAAGGCUGUUCAAGUGCAGCUGAGUUGAUAAAAAAGUUUAUUGACGAGAAAAAAUUGUUACCUGAAAGAAUUAACACAGCUGGAGUAUCAUUCCACAAUACAUAUGACAACUAUGAUAGUCUCCAUAGCUUGAGUAGCCCGUCUUUAUUGGUAGAAUAUUAUGAGCUUUUGAUGAAGCUGGUGCACGAUGGCAAAAGUUGCUCAUCACAUGCGAAAACUUUGAUGGGAAUUCAAAGUAGGAUGAAAAAGUCGUUUCGUGCCAAAAGAACAGAAUUCAGUAUAGGCUUGAGAGAAUACAACAAGUCAAAGAAAUUGUUGUUGAAUCACCUACAUCGAUGCUCGAAGCUUCAGUUUCAUAUCCUCGCUCAUCGUACUGCUAUAUACUGUUUGGAGUUUGACAAACGUGGCAAAUAUGUUUUCACGGGUUCUGAUGAUUACACUAUAAAAAUCUGGUCUAUCAAAGGUUCGAGAAGUGCAUCAGCCUGUACUUUACGGCAUACUCUUCGAGGUCAUGUUGCAGAAAUAAUUGAGCUUGCCAUAUCUGCAGAUAAUCACUUACUAGCCUCAAUCGAUUCAAAUUGUUGUUUAGUCGUAUGGUGCUUACAAACUGGUCAACCAGUAGUAUCUGUACGCGGUUCACGUAAUAACCGCGUGUUAUCUGGUCUUGGUUUUCUUACUGUACCAAAAGUGGUGCUUUCUAAAGAUGAAGUUUUAUCUGAUUCCGGUGAGCGUAAGCAUCCUUCUGGUAUGCUUAUAGUAUCAUCGUUUGGUGGCUUUCUGCACAUAAUACCAUAUAUUCACACUGUUCGCUGUAAUUAUCAUUAUCGUCAUUAUCAUGCUGCUGACGAGUUUGGUAGCGCAACGAACGGUACUGAAAACAGAUGGAUAUGUUGUACUGUUGAAUUACUUCCAGCAAUUCGUUUCACAACAGCUUCUGAAGGUACCCCAAAUGUAUUUUGGCCAUCCAUUGCGUGUAUUGACAUUAGUCCCGGUGGACUUUUAGUGGCAGCUGGUUGUUCAGAUCAGAAUAUCCGUUUGUAUCAAUUCACGAAUCCAUUGAAACCAGAACCAGCUGGUAUACUGGCUGCUCAUGAGGAAAGUGUCAACAGUGUAGCAUUUAGUCAUUGUGGACUAAAAUUAGCUACUGGCAGUUCAGUUGGUGCAAGUUGUUGCUUAUGGAGACUUCAAGCUGGUCAAUGGAGAAGUAUGAAGUUACAAUUUGGUAAAAGAGUGAAAUGUCGUCCGUGUUUAUUAGUCUGGUCUAUACACGAUCAAUAUUUAAUCGCUUCCAUGAAGAAUGGAUCUGUUUACAUCUAUUUUGGACAUAGUGGACAAUUGGUCACAGUGAUUGAUGGACAUGAAGGCGCCAUUCAUGCUGUAUCUCCAUCACCAUUCGAUGAAAAUAUUUUAGCCACAGGUGGAGUUGACGGUCGUUUUCAACUGUGGAAUAUCUCAAAUCUUCGACGUUAUGAACAACAGCACAAAAAACAGUAUGAUGAAGAGAAUCAUCUUUUUGCUGAAACUGGUCAUACAUCGUCGACAGAACAGCCUCUCCUAUUUCAUCAUCGUUUCCCUCCUAGUGAAUUGGAUGUUACACAAGGUUUAGUAUGGCGUUUUAACGACCCAACAGAUGAUCAACCGAUAUGGCCUCGUCGAAUACCGAAUCCUUUCAUUCGUAGAAAUACUCGUGAACAGUCGAUGGUAGUGGCUGUAGAUCAGACGACGAAUUCAACAAGUGAGAACAUCACUGGUGCAGCUGGUGGUAGUACUAGUAAUAAUACGUCUAACCAUUCAUCAUCCCUUCGUACACUGACAGAAUCUCGUUCUACUUCAGGAACAAGAGGAGGUGGUGGUGGUGCAACAAAUAGUAGUAAUACAAAACUACAACGAAUAACCGCCUGCCGUGUAUUACCUACAGCUGAAGGUGUUGGAUUCCUUGUAGUUACAAAGAGUGGUGUCAUGUCAUUAUUUUCUCCAUCAGAAGAAUCUACAUCUUACACUUCUCAGUCCAGUAACGUUGAGUCAACACCAUUAGUUGAUGAACAAUUCCUUCACUGGGAAUUGGAUACAGCCGAAUGGAGAGAAGUUGUACCACAGAUGUCUACAAUGCAUAACAACAGUGAUUCCAAUCUACUUCGUAUAUAUGAGAAUACAUUACACGUAUUAGGAAGUCCUCCAGCACAACAAACUAUCUCUCCAGUGUCAAAUACCCGAGUUAAUUCAUCACGAAGAAGGUUACAGAACAAUAGUAUCAAUAAUAAUAAUAAUAACAAUAAUAAUAAUAUUGACUUCAAUAAUAAUAAUAACAAUAACAAUAGAAUAUCAGAUCCAUCUGAUGGCAACAGCAGUGUUCGUUAUACACCUCCACCUUGUGUCCUCUACGAGAUUGUACAUGCUCCAAGUGGUGUACCGUUUCAUCGAUUACCACCAGGUUAUUUAACAAAUUUCAGAGGAUUUCCAUAUCCAUCUAGACGUCAAAAAGAAAUACCAGGUCGUAGUCAUCUGGUAGAACCGUUGGAUUUAUUGCCAUCAGUAACAUUAGAUGAAGAAACUGAUGAAGAUAUCGUUGUGGAUGAUAUUCAAUUUUGUUCAAAUAUUCCACCAGAUUAUUGUCCAUUACCACAAUUAUCAAAUAAUGAACCAGUCCAUGGGAAAACGUAUUUAUGGUGUUCACCAUGGUUAACUAGUCAUACACCAUUAAUCGAGUCAUUUGAAGGAGAAGAGUUGAAUUUAAAAAUUGCUGAACAAAAUCGAAAAUAUGAAGAGGAGAAAAGUUUCUUUUGUGCUGGUGGUGAACCUGUUGUAUCUUUUGGCGAUGACUUUACUGCAUCAAAGAAUUCAACUGAACAAAUCAUCAUUAUGCAACCUGAAGGGAAUUGUUUCCACCGACCACAUAUAUCAUCACAGAAAUUACUUUCUCCAACAUUAUCAAAAACAUCAAAAUCGAAAACAAAUUCUUGUGAUGUACUAAAACAUGAUGAAAUAUCCGGGGAUGAAAAGAAAGCGGCAGAUGUAUCAAUGACAACUGCCAUCGCAAAUAUCAGUUCAGAACAAAUUGAUAGUAAAGAUUCAGGAAAUACUCUUCGUGUAUCUACCAGGUCUUCAACAUUACCACAAGUUAAUCCUAGUCAACCUUCAGUCUCUCUUACAAUACCAACAGAUGAUCAAGAUGAUGCUGAAGGUCAAGAUGAUUCUUCUGAGGAAUCUGAAUGGUCAGCACAUAUUGAUGUUGAUAUUGGAUGGUGGAGAAGGCAACGUCGUCGAAGAACUCGACGUCAAGUGGCAAUGAUAAAUGGAGCUGAUAUAUCCGCUUCAAAUGAUGCUGAUCAGAUAAAUUCUAAUGAUUUAGACAGUCUAGAAAUGGAACUUGAUCAAGAUGAUACCAAUAUAGAAAUGAUAUCUUAUGAUGAUAUCGGGGAUGCAUCUCUUUCCUCUGGUUAUACAGAAACUAAUCAAAGUGGGUCGAAUAUGGAAGGGAAUGUUCGACGUUCCCUGCGUCAACAACGUCGUCUCCUCUUGAAGAGAAGACUUCUACGAGAGGCGAAAAGAGCUGAAGCAAGAGCUAAAAAAGCAGAAAUUGAAAGGAGAUGUUCAUCGGCACGUCGUUCUCGUCGGUUUCUACGCCUAUCUAAUGAUGAUAGUAGUAGAAUAGAUGAAGAUUCUACAAGUCGUGAUACAUGUAUGCCUGAAUCUUCUAGUCGUCAAUCUUGCAAGUCAGCGCAAGUGACUGAAACUGUAAAAAAUGAAGCCUUAUCGUCGAGAAGAGAACGUCUUAAACGCCGUCUAGUUCGUAGUGUUGAUUACGCUGUCAUGACAGGUAGUCGACUACCGUUAUCUAGAAUUCCAUUAGACUGUUACCUUUCUCCGAACUGUGAAGGUGAAGAAGAAGGAGUCAGUGGAAACAAUUUUAUUCUUCCGUAUACAAAUAUCAUUCGUUGGCGUGGUCCUUACUUCGAUUGGUUAUCAACGUUGGCGCCUGCUGCUUCACCAUAUCUACCACAAGCGGGUGAUCGUGUUGUCUACCUAUAUCGUGGUCAUCAAGAUUAUUUAUCUAAAGCUUGGGAAUGUGGAAGUCUACCGUUGAUGGAAGGCUUAGGCGGCAAAGAGGGAAAUAAUAGGUCAUCGCCACAACAACAGUCACCUUGGAUAGUUUGGCCUGGUAUACCUCAAUUCUUAUGUUGUACUGUCGUCAAAAUCACUUAUCAUAUUGUACGUAUUGCUGGUAGUCAGUCGCAUUCAUCACGUUCCAAUGUACGUUACAAGAAGACAAGAAAACAUUCCUACGCUACGAAGUGUCUUCGACAAUCACAACAAUUAGUCAAUCUAAAGGAUUUAAAUUCCACCUGCCAUGAUGAAGACCAGAAAUUUCCAUUGUGCUCGUCCGCCUCCUCCUCCUCCUCGACGUCGUCGUCAGCAUCAUCCUCAUCAUCAGCGAAUUCUUCAGCAUCAGUGAAAACUAGUGAAUGUCCAGUAGUCGCAUCCACUAGUUUCACUAAUACACGUACACACUCACCUUUGCCAACUUCAUCAUCCUAUGACAGUGGGGAUAGUUUUGUUCGACUUAUCACUUUACACCUGGAAAUUGAACAAGAGCAACCUUACAAGAAUUUAAAGUGUUAUAGUAAUAAUAAUAAUACCAGCUCCAGUGAUGGAUAUUAUUCACACAACUGUAAAGAACAGCAGCAGCAGCCUACAACCAUCUAUGUCACUUAUCAUGAUGUUGAUGGAAUUUUAGAAUUCAUCUUUCUUCGUAGGAUAUUUGAUGCAGCUUUGAAAAGAAAAUGGAAACCAGGUGAUUUAUUUAUAUGUCCAGUUGGUGAUUCAUGGUGGCGUGGUUAUGUAAUCAAAAGUCUAAUGAAUACAGAUACGCUGGCAUCACAACCAAGUACAUCAAAAAUGACGCUUGAUCCAUCGACGUUAUACGCAUCAACAACUUCUUACUUAGUUCGUUGGUUAGAUGAGAAUGAACCAUCUCUAAUUAAUAAUAGUACAAUAAUAGAUAAUAUGAUGAAUAACCUUCAACACGUUGAUGAUGAUGAUGCUGUUAUUAUGACAUCAUUAGAAAAGUUACCAGAGAAUUGUGAUCAUUUAAAUGCAUGGGAUAUGUAUAAAUGGUAUCCAGAAAGUGAAAUGAAGGAAGAUGGCACCACCUCUUUAGAAUAUACUUUGUCCGGAGGUCUAAUUAAUGGAUAUGUGUAUAUUUCACAUGAACAAUUGUGUCUUCUCUAUGGGACUUCAAAAUAUUGGAAUGUAACUCAUCAAUCAGAUGCUUAUCUAUCAGAAAUUAAACGUAUUGUUGAAUGUAUUGCUCAGAUAAUGACGUUAGAGAUUAGUGAUGAUUUUAUACAACCGGUUGAUUUAGCAGCUUAUCCAGAUUAUCUAUUUAUUAAUGCAUUUCCAAUUGACUUGACAUUCAUACUAAAUCGUCUCCUCAAUGGAUUUUAUCGUCAACCGGAAUCUUUAAAAUCUGAUUUUAUACAAUUACUAGAAAAUACUGAACGUUAUAAUCUGCCUGAUUCAAUUAUUGUGCAAAAUGCUCAAUUAGUUUGUCAGUUAGGAUUAUAUUGUAUUGAAAAUACUGUUGAUAGUUCUGAUAUUCUGGAAAGGUAUAAAGUUCUCAAGUCUUCCAGUAUUCCAUCUCCACUGAAUUCAGAAAACAACAAUACUCAUGCUUUGUUAUCGACUGUUGCUUCUCCUUCUUCUUCAUCAUUGAAUCCUCCUAAAACUCGUCAUGUCACUGGAAGAAGAAGAAGGCGACGUACUCAUCAAAGUAGAAUACAGUAUUUUGGUAGGAAGCGGAAAUUCGGCAGUAGAUUUCAGUCUACUGAACAACAACAACAAAAGAAUGAAGUAUGUCGAAGGUCAUCGUCAAGGUUAGCCAACUUGUCAAUAAGUGGUGGUACAGAGUCUGCCAGCCAUUAUGUGGACAAUCACAAUAGUAGCACUACUAGUGGUGGUGGUAGUGAUGACCUAAAGAGUCCCACAUUACGUAACCGAUUCAAUGUGAUGCAAGAGGAGAAAUCAUCAGCAUCAUCAUCGCUGGCAACGUCGCCACCGCCGCCUCCGAGGAAUACUACCUUAACUAGAAGCGGUUGUUUUAUCCUCCUAAGAUCUUGGAUCACUCGAAGUUUAGGUAUGAUCAAAACGUUAUCGAAUAAUCCUAGAAGUUUAUUUUUCGCCAGACCUAUAAAUCCAUUUAAAUAUCCACAAUAUCAUGAGGCUAUUGAAAAUCCAAUGGAUUUAUCACUGAUUCAACACAGGUUAAUCACAGCCCGAAGUAAAUUGAAUGCAUCCAAGCAACGUUUUCUUCGUGGUCAACUUCAAUGUGAAUAUACACCGAAUGAUAUGUUGAAUGAUUUAAGGCUAAUUAUAUCUAAUGCAAAACAAUGUCACAGUGUAGAUAGAGAGAAUGAAAUGUUGUAUGAUGAUAUCAUAUGGUUAGAGAGUUGGAUCAAUGACGUGGUUAAACCAUAUUUAUCGAAUAUUUCAAAUUCAUUAUUGUCAUCCAAAUCACAAAAUAUGGAUGAAAAGAAUGCUGAAUUUUCACCAUCAAGAGGUAUCGCCUCGUCUUCAUUGACGACACAGUCAGGCACUAUACGAACUUCCAGUGGUCGUAUUGUGAAACCUCCACCACGUGAUUCAUCACAAGAAUUCUCACUAUCUUUAUCUGAUGAAUACGAUGACAGAUCAGAUUGUUCACAUGAUAAACGUAAACGCACAGUAAGAUCUCACCAACAAAGACUGAAAACACCAUCAUGCUCAUCAAGCAAUACACUGCCUUGUAGAAAUCAACUUCAUUCAUCAACACGACGUUAUGCUAAACGUGGACGCCCUCCUCGUGUUGGUGUUGUAUGUCGUCCUACAGAGUCAGCAGUAUCGUAUACAUCACCGUUAGAGGAUGUGUCCAAUAACACUCUACGGCGUAGUACACGUAAACGAAGAUUGAUAACCAGUUAUGAUGGAUUAGAAGACAAUGAAGAUUGGGAAUAA